AUGACUGGCGCAGAUAAUGCCCCCGCGUCGCCGUUUGCGCCUCUGCAGGCGGAUCUGGCUCGCAUGAAGAAGUCCAAUCUAAAUGCCGCCAUAGGAGAUGUCGAUAAGAUAUUAGAAAUGCUUGAACGGACCAGAGAACAAGUUGCUCAAGAAUCUGAAUCACACAAGAUAUCCAUGGCCAUGACAAGGUUACAGAAUCCAAUAAAGGAAAAAUGCGAUGCAAUCACCAGCGACCUCAAAGAAGUGACGAAGGCGCAGAGGGCGUUUGGGAAAGCCCUAGAUAAGGCCAUGCCGCUUAGAGACUUGCCAAUGGAAACAGAUGCCAUGGCAGAAUACCCGGAACAUGUCGUCCGCGCAAUCGGAAUGCAUCUGCUCCGCGAGGGCCAGUUCUCCGUUGCGUCGACGUUCGUCGGCGAGACCGAACACAUAACUCGGGGUGAAUCCUUCAUGGUAAACCCCCUAGAUGCGACCGAGGAUAAUGGCAUGGACUCUCGGUCAAAGGAGGACCUGCAACACCAGUUCGCCAAAAUGUACGAGAUCCUCGCUGAACUCAAGGCUUCCAACCUAAUACCCGCUAUUGAAUGGGCUCGGGAAAACAGCAGAAGAUUGGAAGCGAGAGGGAGCACCUUGGAGUUCGAACUGAGCAAGCUACAGUUUAUCUGGUUGUUCAAGGGUGCCUCGGAGACGAGGAAAUCAGAGUACGCUGGCCAGACCAGCGCAUUCGAGUACGGACGACAGCACUUUGCUCGCUUCCAGCGACGCCACCUCCGCGAGAUUGCCCAGCUCUGCACCGCAAUGGUCUACGCCCCAAAUCUCGAGGAGUCGCCCUAUAACUACCUCUUCCAGACCGACACUGCUUUCGAUGAAGUCGCGCUCAGCUUCACUCGCGAGUUCUGCUCUCUCCUGGGCCUCUCAGCGGAAUCGCCCCUCUAUGUGGCCGUCACGGCAGGGUCCAUAGCCCUCCCGCGGCUCUUGAAAUACACCACAUACAUGAAGGAGAAGAAGACGGAGUGGUCGACGGUGAAUGAGCUGGCAUUCGAGACCCCGCUCCCUCCAUCGAUGAUCUAUCAUCCCAUCUUCGUCUGCCCAGUCAGCAAGGAGCAGACCACGGAGUUGAACCCCCCGAUGAUGCUGAUCUGCGGGCAUGUCAUCUCGCGAGACAGUCUGCAUAACAUCGCCAAGGGCUCUCGGUAUAAGUGCCCCUACUGCCCACAGGAGGGAGCGACAUCGGACACAGUAGAGAUAUUUUUGUGA